AAAUAAAUGGAGCCGCAGUGACCCGCGAACUAUUUAUUUAAGAUGUCCGACGAGUUCUUGUUCAAAGAAGGCCUUUCUUAAAUCAAAAACCCAACAAUCAAUUACUCUUGUCCAACAGCUUGGACCACAGAUGGUCGUGACUUGAAAAUUCUUACCAUUUAGGGUUGUUUAGCUUGGUGUUGUUGGCUUAGUUCGCCAGGUCGAGGAAAUGGAACAAUCAGCCAAAAAGCUAGCAUCACCUAGGAGAACAUCUCCAAGAAAAUUACCAGCUCCUAAAUAUGCUUCAUGGAGUGAAGAGAAAUCCAUGACAUCAACAGAGGAUGCCCCUGUAGGGGGUGGACGGAGCAUCCUGGACGAUAUGGUAGGGGUAGGAGAUAUGGUGCUGCUUGAACCAUUAACAGAAGAUGCUGUGAUGGAGAAUCUGUGGGAAAGAUAUAAUUCCAAAGAUAUUUAUACAUAUAUAGGAAGUGUUGUUGUGUCCAUCAAUCCCUACCGAAAAUUCCCUCUUUACACACGUGAAGUCAUUGCUGAGUACAGAUCACGAAACAUCUACGAACUAUCUCCACACAUAUAUGCCAUUGCUGAUGAUGCUUACCGGUCAAUGAGAGAUCACAACAAGGAUCAAUGUAUUCUGAUAACAGGAGAAAGUGGAUCUGGCAAAACAGAAGCAUCCAAAAUCAUCAUGCAGUAUGUAGCGGCAGUAUGUGGGAGAGGCAAGGAAGUGGACAGAGUAAAAGAACAGCUUUUACAAUCCAAUCCUGUUUUAGAGGCGUUUGGAAAUGCCAAGACAUUGAGGAAUGACAACUCAUCUCGUUUUGGCAAAUACAUGGAUAUAGAAUUUGAUUUCAAGGGUGAUCCUGUUGGGGGAGUCAUCACUAAGUACUUACUAGAAAAGUCACGUGUAGUUUACCAAACGAAAGGAGAAAGGAAUUUUCAUAUUUUUUAUCACUUGCUGGCUGGAGCCUCAGACGAUAUGUUAGGGUUGAUACAUCUGAAGCGUGAUUGUGAAAAGUACCGAUACCUCAACCAAAGUGGAUGUACAUCUUUAGAUUCUAAAAAUGACAGGGAGGAUUUUGCAAUUGUUGAGAAAGCAAUGGAUAUCGUAGGUUUUAGUAAAGAAGAAGUCAUUGCAAUUUAUCAACUGCUGUCUGCAAUACUAAAUCUGGGCAAUGUCGAAGUCACAGAGGUCACUACGAGUGAUGGAACAGAAGCAGCAACCUUCACUAAUGAUCAUGUUCUUGAAUAUGCAUGCGACCUGCUUCAAUGUGAGGUAGAAGAACUCAAGAAUGCCAUGCAAGAGAGAACAGUAGAAACAAAACAAGAAAAAGUCCGAACUCCUCUCAAUGAAGCUCAGGCAAAUUAUGCAAGAGAUGCAUUAUCCAAAGCCAUUUAUCAAAGACUGUUUCACUGGAUAGUAAAGAGAAUAAAUGACAGUAUAAAGGUAAAACAUGGUGGUAGAAGAAAAGUGAUUGGAGUACUAGACAUCUAUGGAUUUGAAAUAUUCCAGGACAAUAGUUUUGAGCAAUUUAUUAUCAACUACUGCAAUGAGAAACUGCAGCAAAUCUUCAUUGAACUGACUCUGCAAUCUGAACAAGAUGAGUAUGUUAGAGAAGGGAUCGAAUGGACUCAUAUAGAGUACUUCAACAAUGCUGUCAUUUGUGAGUUAAUUGAAAAGAACCAUUCUGGGAUCCUUGCAUCACUAGAUGAGGAAUGUCUGAGGCCAGGAGAUGUUACAGACAUCACGUUUUUACACAAGCUUGACAGACAAUGGAUUGGUCAUGAACAUUACGAAAGUCGAGCAGACAAGCGGUUCUUGUCUGAUAACACCCUUGCACGUGACUGCUUUAGAUUAAAGCACUAUGCUGGAAAGGUCACCUACUGUGUUAAUGGUUUUAUAGACAAGAAUAAUGACUUGUUGUACAGAGGUCUGUCACAGUGCAUGUACAACUGCAACCAUCCUUUCACCAAGAAGCUCUUCCCUGAAGGUUGUCCAACCAAAGCAUCCAAGAAAAGACCACCUACAACAGGCACUCAGUUUAAGACCUCUGUAGCUGAGCUCAUGAAGAAUCUUCAUGCCAAGAAUCCAAACUACAUUCGUUGCAUCAAGCCCAACGAGAGAAAAGCCGCUGGAGUUUUUGAUGAAAGGCUAAUCAAACAUCAAGUCAGAUACCUAGGGUUAAUGGAAAAUAUCCGCGUAAGAAGAGCGGGAUACGCCUUUAGACAGGACUACUCUGUUGCCCUACAAAGGUAUAAAAUGCUGUGUCCAAAGACAUGGCCACAAUGGAAGGGUGAACCUCGAGAAGGAAUUGUUGAACUUUUGAAGCACCGCAACAUCAAACCAACCGAGUAUGAUUAUGGCAGGACGAAGAUCUUCAUUAAAAACCCUCGAACGUUGUUCGACUUGGAAGAAAGACGUAAAGAGGCGAUGCAUGACCUCGCCGUCAUCAUCCAGAAGACCUUCCGAGGAUGGGUUCAGCGAACCAAGUAUCGAAAAAUGAAGGCAAGCGAAGUGAUGAUCGCCAAGUACUAUCGAGGAUUCAGGGAUCGUCGUAAUUACCUGAAGCAGCGUAACGCAGCCAUCUUGAUCGCUUCUUUUGUCAGAGGAUGGAAGGCCAGGAAAGCCUAUCGUGCUCUCUUGUACGAAAAGAGGUGUAUCUGGGCUGUGGGAGUAAUCAAAGCUUACUUCAUUGGUUGGCGGGUACGCAAGCUAUGGAAUGCCAAAUUCCGCAAACACGCCGCUCCCAAGAUCAUCAAGUUCAUUCGCCAGUUCUUGACGUACCGGUAUUUAACAAGCCUCAGUAAAAACCUACCAUCCAAAAGUCCUCUGGAUGAUCAUUGGCCGUCCGCCUCGUCUAUGUACCUACAAGCUAAUCACACUCUUAAGAAGAUGCACCAUGCUUGGAGGUGUAAGGAAUAUCGUAAACGUAUUGACGAAAACAGAAAAAAGAUACUCGAGGAAAAACAGGAGGCGAGCAGUAUUUUUAAAGACAAGAAGAAGAGCUAUCCUCAAAGCGUCGCGAUACCUUAUCAAGGAGAUCGUCUGGAUCUUGCAUCCAACCCCAAAUGGAAAAAGAACGCCGGUACUAAUGAUCGUAUCAUCUGGGCCGACAAUGUCAUUAAGGUCCACAGAAGUGACGGAAAGUUUGUCUCUCGAAUCCUUGCUGUUACUAGUAAAGAAUUCAUAGUCGCCGACCCCAAGUCGAUGGUAUUUAAGUACAGAGUACCUCUGUCAGAUUUACAGAAGAUCUCUGCCAGCUCGUUCAAUGAUGGCAUCGUUGUCUUCCAUAUACGAUCGGACAGAACAGAGAAAGGUCACCUCAAAGGCGACUACAUCUUCCAUACUAAUCACGUGAUUGAAUUGGUUGCCAAGGUGAUGGUGCAACUAGAUAAAGAGAAUGACCUUCGAGUCCCUGUGGACGUGAGAGACAGCAUACCAGUGAAUUUCAAUGGAGUGGUCAUAGAAAUGAUGUUCAAGAACUCAUCGACGAAUCUUUCCCAACCUGUUUGUAAGCGCAAGGGUCRGGUUAUCAAUGUUGCUGUCUAAAUCCAUGGAUUAAAUGAUUCCUUUAACUAUGAAACUUAACCUAACUACAACUUUCAAACUACACCUAUUUAAUGGGUUAAAUGGGAUCCCUUUAUUCAACUGUAUCUCUUAAGAGCCUCUAAUUUWAAAAAAACGGUUAAUUACCCAGAAUAAGAUAGUGCUUCAGCCAAGUUUUCUCAUGAGUUGGAAACUUGUGGUUUUGACUUGCAGUGCUUACAUACUGAUAGUAUGGUAUCAUUGUAGAGCAUGAUGGAGUAGUUUCCCAUGAUUUUCCUCUCUCCACCAAAACCUAACUAGCUAAAAUCCAAUUCCAUCUGUGAAUUAGCCUCACCCUGACAUAGAUCAGCCUAGAGGUUUUUAGGGUAUCGUUAAGAUUUGAAGUUGUGCAGAAUCUCCUGUGGGACAAUUCUAAUGAGUGGCAAAAAACCUAAACAUGCGAUUGCUUACUUCAAAGGGUAUAUUCCUCCCAUCAAAACAUGUUUCAACAACUUGUUGUGAAGAGAUUGUGGAGAAUGUUAUUUCCCUAUAGGAAAGGGUUACAGGAUAUGAGGAAAACCAGAGAGAACUACUAAAUGACAGUAGAGAAUAGGGUAUUUUUGCUACAAACAUGUGGUCUUUCUCUUUGCGUAAAAUCUGCUCUGAUAUAAUCUGUAUGAGAAAAGAGCUAGGAAGUCUAUAUGCUGGCACAAACACAUAUCAUUAGAUAAAGGUUAAAAUGCUAGGGCCAGGGCUCAGUCUUGAAUUUCAAUGCAAACCCUAGCAUGUGCGUUUUAACUGGUUUAAAAACCAACCAAGCCCUAUUUUUAAUGUUUGAUGGAGGGUUUGAAUUUCAAUGGAAAACCUGCCCGUGUUUUGAAUUCAGACCCACUCUUCCCUGUUAGCAUCAAUGCUGAAUCCAAACAAUAGAAAUAGGGCAUGGUUGGUUUUUAAAUAGAAUUACAGACUGUAGAUAACUAAACCAAACAAUCAAAUGAUUUUAAUUCCAUCCCUCAAUGAAAGGGUAUAAUUUCUGAAUCUCCAAAGAUCAAUUAUAUUAAUAAAUACCAAGUUAUGCUGUUGUAA